CUUUAAACCAAACAGUGUGUUUAGUUCCUGUUUACCAUAAUCACCAGACAGCAGUAUUGCCAUGUUAUUCAGGUCCUUGACGGGUGUCGUCACUCAUGGUUUAGGUGCUGCUUACAAAUUCGGUCCAGCACAAGCGAGUGCAGCUUUAAUCCAUUCCUCUCGAAAGUCUUUACUCAUUUCACAAUCAAGCAUGAAGGUUGAACUGCUCCCAGCAUUGACUGAUAACUACAUGUACCUUCUUAUUGAUGAGGAGACCAAGGAAGCAGCUAUUGUGGACCCCGUGGAGCCACAAAAGGUUGUGGAAGCAGUCAAAAAGCAUGGGGUGAAACUAACUACUGUUCUUACUACACAUCAUCACUGGGACCAUGCAGGAGGCAAUGAGAAGAUGGUGAAGUUGGUUUCUGGGUUGAAAGUUUAUGGGGGAGACAGCAGAGUGGGGGCCCUUAACCAGAAAGUCACACACCACAAUACAUUCAAGGUUGGAUCCUUGAAUGUUAAGUGUCUGUUUACACCGUGUCACACAUCUGGACACAUCUGUUAUUUUGUUACUAAAGAGAGCAGUUCAGAACCCCCUGCUGUAUUUACUGGUGAUACUCUGUUCAUUGCUGGGUGUGGGAAGUUCUUUGAAGGCACCGCAGAUGAAAUGUACAAAGCUUUGAUUGAGAUUCUUGGACGCCUUCCACCUGAAACCAGAGUUUAUUGUGGACAUGAGUACACUAUCAACAAUCUGAAGUUUGCUAGACAUGUGGAACCAAGAAAUGAUGCAAUCAAGAAAAAACUAGCUUGGGCAAAGGACAAGUAUGACAAAGGUGAACCUACUAUCCCUUCCACUAUAGCUGAAGAGUUUACCUACAACCCCUUUAUGAGAGUCAGGGAGAAAUCGGUGCAGGAACAUGCUGGACACACUGAUCCUGUCGCUACUAUGGGUUCCAUUCGCAAAGAGAAGGAUAACUUCAGAGUGCCCAAGAACUGACUGUAAAGUGGAAAAACAGAACAUGCUUUCUUACAUAAGCUUUUCUGGCACUACCCUGCACCCACGGUGCACAGCUAGCAGUAACUGGAUCACUCACUGCUUUGUAAAUGGAAUGUAUAAAAAAAAAGAGCUCUAUAUUGUAAUGUCUAAAGCAUCUUUCCUGUUCAUGGGACUUCGAAGUUUUAAAAACCAGGGAUAAUUUUAGUACAAAAUGUGAAUUUUAACAAUGGCGGCGUUUACAUGCACAAGUCAUGACAGUUUUCCUUGCGACCUGUUUGCCGUACUUUUCAGGAAAUGCGUUGCUAGCAUUUUUGUUUUAGGAAAAAAAUCGUCCGUACCAAUGCAGAUUACUCAAGUCAUAGUCAUUUAGGGGAGGGGAUAUUUAAAUUACUAAGUAGGAAAAGAACGACUCUGAAUAUAGUGAGGAGAGCUUCAUGCGUUGCCAUGAAGAUAAAAACAUUUAACAAGAGAAAUGAAUUAACGUGUUGUCGUGCAUAUUCUGAAUUACACCGCGCAUUAGCUACUUGUUUGUCUGGUUACCUUUCCAACACACACACACACACACACACACACACACACAAAAUUAUAUAAAAUAUAAUUUCUACUAAGUACAAGUUUAUAUGUGUGUGUGUGUUUGUGGAACAUCUAAAAGUUACAUUUCAUUAACACUAGAACUGCCUUUUACAAUACAUGUUUUUAUUUUGAAUAUAACCUACAAUAUUCAUUUUUUUUAUAUAUACAAGCCUGUUGUUAUCUCUACUGGACCUGGCAGCCAUCAAUACCUUUGUUUUGUACAAGGAAUGCACCGGGGAAAAUAUCAGUAGGAGAGAUUUCAUCUUGAAGCUAACCACAGAGCUUUGGCAGAAACAUUUCAGAAAACUGCAAAGCACCAGGCUGCAGCAGCUCAACCUGGAUUCAGUGCUACAGUGGCACACACGCAAGAUAAAUCAUAUGUUAAUUUCGUUUUAGAUUAAAAACGACUUUUGUUUUUACGGUUUUCUAUGUGCAUAAACUUGUUUACACACUGGUUUCUUUUGAAGUGUUUAUUUUAUUAUAGUUUUUCAUUUUUUGAAGUAGUGCUUUAUAUGUGGUAAUUUAAUAAAUAAACCCUUUUAUGUUUAAUUGUUCAUUUAAAUACGGUGUUUUGGCUGUGCAGAUGUUUGAUGUUAUGUGCUUGAAUAAAGCUUUUGAGUUGUA